AUGGAAUCGAGCGCCAGCAGACGAAAGCCGUACGUUCCCAUCGACACCUGCAGCCCAGGUGGGACGUGGAUUGAGGAGAAGCGGUACAAUAAGGUGCGGCACGACAACGGGGCGAAGCAGGCGUCCAAGGUCCUCUGCGGUAAUUGGCAGGAAGAGAAGGCGCUCGAAGACGACCUUAUCGCUCAGCAACCGCUUCCCCCAGGGACGGUGCCACCUGAAGAGUUCGUACAAACGGCAGUGCUGCAGGCAAGCCUGGAUGUCAUACGCGAGGGUGAUCAUGGACGCUACACUGGGGGCCACCAAUCAACCCCUUACGUGACGAGCGACGCGCGGAAUCCGAAUGCACGCUUUUUACAGACCACUCAGCGCUAUGACUACUGCGAAGCCAACGGUGACGUAAGACGCCUUCGCCGCCCCGAUAUGGGCGUACGCAGUCGGGUAAUGCUGGGAGUUGCGCUCGAGGCGGCGAAGGCAGAGAAAGAGGCACGCGACACAGCGCGACAGACGCGCCUCUCACGCACUGCAGAGGAUGGAGGUGGUAUUUACCUAUCAACGUACCAUAAAUCGCACUGUCAUGAAGAGAAUCUUCCAGUCAUCAGUGAGUUGCGUAACGACUACCUCUCCGACGAACCAAUCACGCUUUAUACGGGCAAUCCCGUCACGAGAUGCACCAUGACAGUGCAUGGCAAGACACCUGUGGAACCUGUGGCAGGGCGCUCGCGUUUUGGACGUCACACGUACUUUACCGAGCGGAAAUAUGCGCUGUAG